UACCGCGGUAGCAAUUACCGCUGACCUAUUCGGAGUCGUCGGUAAGAGUGCAAAACGUUUUCAGUUUUGUUCGAAGUAUCUACGUUUUUAUGGAUUUUUUACUUGCUGAGAUCGACAGAAAGAAAAAGCAGUUGGACCAGAAUGAGGUGACAUCGAACAAAAAAUAUUUCAAGAGAGGUGAUCUAGCUGCUAAGCAGGCAGAGGACAAGAAACGAAAGUUAGAGGAACAGGAAAAAAAGAAAAAGGAUGAAAUUGAACAGCAAUCUACUGAGUUGUUCCUUCCAGCCAAAAAAAGGAAAGAAGGCUGUGAAAAAGUAAAUCUUAUCCCACGGGAGGAGGUUAUCAGACGUCUACGUGAGAGGAAUGAGCCAAUUCGACUCUUUGGUGAGCUGGAUGAAGAAGCUUGCCAAAGACUCAGACGAAUUGAAAUGUUGGCGCCUGAGAUAAAUAAGGGUUUGAGAAAUGACUUCAAGGCAGCCAUGGAAAAAAUUGACCAGGAAUAUUUGGCUCAGUUAGUAAAUCAGCAAGGAGGAGAGGUGCAAGCGGCUCUACUUGAAGAGAUGAAGGGAGAUGGAACCACUCUUGAAGAUAUCAAGACCCUAGCAAAAGGCAUGGAGCAAGGAGAUGAGUCACUUGAUCAAGAAGUCACUUACAAGUUUUUGCAGUUUUUACUCAGAGUAUGGGGUCAGGACUUAGACAGCAAACCAGUUGAGAUUAAACGGUCGUUAGAGGGUAAACUUGCCAAGGCCACACAUAACCAGACACAUUCGUACCUUAGACCACUGCUCAGGAAGCUCAAGACUAAGAACACACCAAGAGAUAUAAGAUCAUCACUCACCUGUAUUAUAAAGAACCUCCUGGACAGAGAAUAUGUGAAGGCAAAUGACUCCUAUUUACAGAUGGCUAUUGGAAAUGCCCCAUGGCCUAUUGGUGUGACCAUGGUUGGCAUCCAUGCUAGGACAGGCAGAGAGAAGAUCUUUGCACAGAAUGUAGCGCAUGUUCUAAAUGAUGAAACUCAAAGGAAAUAUAUCCAAGGCCUUAAGAGAUUGAUGACUUUCUGUCAAAAGAAGUUCCCUGCAGAUCCUUCCAAAUCAGUUGAUUAUUCUAAGGAGAAAGAUUGAAGGAAUCUUGUGCAAAAGAACAUAAACACUUCUAAAAUAGACUGCAGUGCAUGUACUUAAUCUGCUCUUUUAUUCCUUUUCGUGCUUACUAUCAAGCAGCCUUUUUUUAAAUUCCAUAUUGUUUUUAUUUUUUGGAAUGUAAAUUCAAGUGAAUAGACAAGAAAAUAAAAUAUUUUUUUUACUUUCAUUAAUACUGGCAUACUUAUAUGUUUAAAAGCUACCAUUCCUUAAAACUAUAUCAUACAUUUCCAAUGUGUAUGUAAUAAAAAUUGAUAAUGUUACAUUAACUUUUUUUCUUGAACAAUGUUAUGUCAUAUUCUUGUGUAUACAGGUCUUUAUAUACUGUACAUUUGCUGUAUCAUAGUCUUUUAAAUCUUCAAUAAUAAAUAUAUUUACAGUA